AUUUUAGAAUGAAUAGAGAUGAUUUGAUAAUUUCGGAUCCGAUUCGUAAAGUCAUAAAGACGAAUAGUAAUUAAAAUAAUGAACCAGAUAUGGAAGAAACGAAGGAUGGAGGUGAUACAAAUUCUUCUGAAUCUGAAUAAUAAGUGAGUGAAGACUAAUAAAGUAUAAUCCAUGAUUCAUUGGAAUCAUUUUCAAUUCCAAGUUCAAUGCUUUUGACCAACUAUAAUUCAUAUAGACAGCGAAACAUAUUAGCAACGAGUAGUUCAAGUUCAGAUUCGUCAAGCUCAAGUUCUGGUACAAGUUCAAGUUCGAGUUCUACAUCUGAGAGUGAAGAUGAUGAAGAAAGAAAAGAAAACUUGUCUGUUUCAAUUUCUGAAUGAUUUAUAAAUUAUUUUAUCAGCUUUUAUCAUGCAAAAACAGAUUCAUUAAUGC